ACCCCUAAAAACCCAAACAUUCUGACAAAAUUGGUCUCUCUCUGUUUCCUUUCCUUCUUUCAUCACUCACAAGUCAGAACCCCAAAAAAAUUCUCUCUGCCAAUCAAUUCACUUUAUUACAAAAUCCCAUAAAUAAAAAUUGUAAAAUUAAUUAAUUUACGUAGAUCAACUGAGUUAGGGUUUCCGAGUCGCCAUGGCCGAUUUCCAGACCUCGACUCACCGAGCCAAUUGGAUCUUCACUACUCAAGAGCUGGAUGAUAAAUACAAUGCUGCUCGUCAAAGAGCAAUACAAACACUAGAUAAGUAUGGAGCAACAUUGAUGGAAGUAGAUGUGGAUGGGACGUUGUCGUACCCUGAACCUCAAAUUAACUCGAAAGAUAAUGCUGACAAGCAUUCUCGUCCGAAACCACUUACUAUUGAAGAAGAGCGAUAUAUGCGAGUGUUCUACGAGAAUAAACUUCAAGAAGUUUGUAAUAACUUCCACUUUCCUCAUAAAAUUCAGGCAACAGCUCUAAUAUAUUUCAAAAGGUUUUAUCUACAAUGGUCAGUCAUGCAACAUAAUCCCAAAAACAUUAUGUUAACAUGCAUUUAUGCUGCUUGCAAGAUAGAAGAAAAUCAUGUUUCAGCAGAGGAGCUCGGUAAGGGGAUCUCUCAGGAUCAUCAAUUGAUUCUCAAUAAUGAGAUGAUAGUUUAUCAGAGUUUAGAAUUUGAUCUUAUUGUUUAUGCGCCAUAUCGCUCCAUUGAUGGGUUUGUCAAUGAUAUGGAGGAAUUCUGCCCAGUAAAAGAUGACCAGCUUCAUGUGCUGAAGGCUAUACACGAAACUGCAAGGAUGGAGGUUGAUAAAAUCAUGCUUACUGAUGCACCACUUCUAUUCCCUCCUGGGCAGUUGGCGUUGGCUGCUUUGCGUAGUUCAAAUGAGGUGCACAAAGUUCUCGACUUUGAGAGAUACCUGAGGAGCAUUCUCUCUCGUCAGAGUUCUGCACAUACCGUUUCAGAGCUCAUUGAAUCUCUAAAUUCAAUAGAUUCUUGGGUAAGAGGAUAUAAAUUCCCUUCAGAAAAAGAUUUGAAGCACAUCAACCGGAAACUAAAAUCUUGCUGGGGUCUUAGCUCACAUGACGAGAGCAAGAAACGGGAGAAGAAAUCAAAGCACAAGUCAAAGAAGAGUUCAAACGAAACACAAAAUGUGCCUUCUCAUACUGAUUUGUAAUGCAUCCUUGAAUCUUACCUUAGAGUCGCAUGAUUCUCCGAGUCCUUGAGGAAUACUUAAUACAUUUUAUUGAAACAGACCUGAAAUUCUGUUAUCUUUUCUCUAAUCACUAUUUCCUUUAUCUAUUUACUUAUUUUCUUUUUCUUCUU